GGCCUGUACGUUAUAUAUUGCGUCAUAAUAACGGCUUAUUUGCGCGUGUAGAGAGUCUAUAUAGACCUCUCUAGUGGAAUUCCCCCAUCAACAUUACUCAUUAGCAUACGGAAUUGAGGUUUGGUUUGCGAUUCUGUCAUCAUCAGUGAUCUGUAACUGGGCAUAAAACUGAACCGAUAAGUUACAUUUUAAUAGCUUUUGUAGUUCUGAAGUUGAGCCAAGGCAAGACCAAUUCAUUGUUCGGAAAUAAUCUACAGACUGUACAGCUACAGACUACGUACUGAAGUGAGGCUCGAGAUCGAGAGCCAAACCAGUCUGCAGUCGCGAGCUGAGUGAGAGGAGCGGACAACUACUGAAGUGCAAAGUACAGUCUGGGCCUGGAGCACAGUGAGAAUGGCUGACCAAGACCAGGAUAAGCUAGAUGUGGACUGCAUCGUGACAUCACCUGGAAUUGGUUACCACGAUCCAGAUCACCUAGGGAGCGAGAUUUCGCAUUCCCAACCGCUGACAGUUCACCCCCCUCCAGUUCAGAAUGGACUGGACCGCCUGGACGGAGAAAAUCGACUCCAGAGCAGCAUCGUGAGAGAUGGAAGGCUACAGAGCGGGGAUCAGCGCAGGAGAUUGGACAAAUGUAGCCAGGCAAAGCAAAGAGCUACGGAAGAAGUUGAAACGAUUUAUCAAUUUUGCGAAGACCUCUGUGCUGAGAAUGAGCGACUGAAGGAUGAGAAUAGGCUACUUCAGGCGGAGGAUGGGCUUUGCAGAAACUGCAGGUUAUCCUUGAGUGUACCAGUGACUGAAUUUGAAAAGACUGUAAGGGAGGAGGACCUUGAACAACAACUUGAGGAAGCUAAUAUUAAGACAGCACAGCUUCAGCAUAGGUGUAAAGAGUUGUUAGAUGAAGUGACAAGACUGAAAGGUGGAUCAUAUGAUGGCGCCAGAGGUAAUCUGCCGUUCGCGACUAAUGAUGAUGAGAGUCUUCCUAGUCCAAAACAGACUGAAUCUGUUGGGAAUGCUUUUCACAGUGUUGACCCGCUGAUACAAGUUGUGAAAGAGGGAAGGCAAGACCAGGGAGGGGCCAUUGAGCAGGCAGCGAGACCAGCGGUGGUGGUAGAACGUGCAAGGACCCCGAGCCCUGAUGAUUGCGCCAUCUUCCUGGCAGAUCGAAUUAAAUCAGGCGGCGAGAUCAACACUCUCUUACGCAACAUGAGCCUCAACAGCGUUGAAAUAGCCGACCUCGAAGAGCGUCACCCUAAGAACCCCAAAGAGUUCCGGAUAGACGGCAUCAAGACCGGUAUCGUGUCAGCUAAAGGGGACCGCGUCACCUUCCUCCUAGAUGCUCUUGAGAAGUCAAAGCUGAAUCAUCAGGUGGACUUGUUCUGUGACGAAUUCAACAUUCAGCGCCGUAGGACGAAAGGACCAAUUCAAGCAAAGGGACAACCGUCAGCUCAGAAACCAUUACAAGCUUCAAGCCCAGAUGACUUUGCGGACUCGCCGUGCCUGGAGCCACAGAGUGACUUUGAGACUGUCCUUCAGCCUUUCCUCGUAGAUCCAGCUAGCAUUCAUACCAUUGCAGAUGACUUAGGCAAGGAGAAGGACUUUACAGUGUCGCAACUGAAGCAAUUCAAGGCUUCCUUUCCAAGAUGGAAGCAACAGCAUCGGAAAUACCUUGAGAAGGAAGGUGUGAGUCGCUGCACAAUGGAUGUUCUAAAUGUUUGGGCCUCGGUUGAGGUGGAUAGAACGAAAGGGGGUUCCGACCCAGUCCAAGGUAUAGAGUUCCUGGCUAAGGCCCUCAGAGGCACUGGAAGAAUGGAUAUCCUGGAGAAACUCAAGAGUUUUCUUCGGAAAGGAGUUGUGGGCCCAUCUUUGAAGAGAGACCUGUACCUGCGAGAAAUUUCUUCUUAUGCUCUCAAAGUGGAGAUUAUCCAGUACCUUGGACUAAACAAGGAAGCAGGCCAUGAUGACUGGCGAGCACUCACCAAAGACAUAGGCCAUGCAAAAUACGUUAUAAUGUGGGAACAAGAACACCAUCCCGCUGAAGUCCUUUGGAAUGUUUGGAAGACAAGCAACGAUGCUACAAUUGGCAAAUUAUACGACUGGGCCGUCGGCAAGGAGAGACUCGAUAUCGCUGGAGUUCUAGAAAAUGAAGCCUGACUGGAUGCAUCAAUUGUCAGAAGCUUUGAGCAAAGCAUUUUUAUCUACAUUUCUUCUGUCCACCCAGGUGUUAAAUGGUAUACCUGGAGGAUUGGGACGUGCGUGCCCGUAAAAAAGGCCACUAGCUGGAAAUGCUCCCCAGGGAGUGGAGAAUGUCUACAUUAAUGUGCCGAAUGGUAGCGAAUCCAAUGACCAGCAAUAAUACUGUAAUCGCUUUGAUCGGGUAAUGGUAAAGCGCUGCGUAAGAAACAGGUAAUAUUAUUUACCUGAAACUUCAUCUAACCUCAUUUCCUAUUUCUGUAUCUAAUAAUGCGUAGAUGAGUGAGCAUGCCUAAGAUUUAAGCUGUGUGCAGGUACUUUUUUCCAUCCCCACUUGCCUUCCUCUUACAUAUAAACAAACUUUUGCGGCUUAAUGCGGAUCUGCACUACUUUUAGCGCCCUCUGUAUAGCAAACAGUGCCUGAGCAGUACCUGUUGGGCACCCAUGGUCCCCUUUUUCUUAUGUUAAUUGAGAGCUGAUUUAAUGAGAUAACCACCUGCAGGUGACCAUGCAGGGAAGUCUAUUCCCUCCUGGCUAAACUAGUACAGAUGGGCUUUAAGUCGUCAUAUGUGAAUGAAUCUUAAGAAAUAUCCAAUAGCCCUGUGCAUCACCUUUUGAGCUGCUGAACAUUACAAUGACUUAUUUAUUUUCUUGAUUCUCCUCAACUGUUAUGCCCUAUAAUGCAAACUAAAAUGUACCCUUUUUUAAGUUGAUAUAAUGAUUUCAAAUAAAUUCGAGCUGCACACAUAUUUUGUAUGUGAUUGAUACGCAAUAAAUUAAAUGCAUCAAUUUUUAGGGCAUUAGGUUGAAAGGUAUGAAACCAUUGUUUUGUUAUACAUGUACCUCAUAUAUUAUUUACAUAUAUAUAUAUAUAUUUAUAUUAACAGUGUAUAAUCUGAAAGAAAAUGAAUGUACAGGUAUGGAUUCUGACAUGAAAUUUUCAGUAAGGUGAAAAAGGCAAAUGUCAAUGUUUGAUAAUGUAGAAUUGUAGAUACUUUUGUUGCUGUUAUGAUUCAUGAGAUAUGGUGCUUAUCA